AUGGGGAAAUCACCUGAAAUACAUAAUGGAAGAAAUGUAUUACUAGAUUCAGAACCUCUUGAAGUAGAUCAAGAGAAUGUGGUCUCUAUUGAAGAUAAGGCACGUGAAAUGGCAGAACUAUUAGAUUUGACUUUAGUUGUGUGGAUAAGAACUAUGUACAAGAAAUAUCAUAUUACAUAUACAUUGAUACUAGAUAUAUUAGAAUCGGUAGAUUUUGAUACUAUAGCAGCAGAAGAAGUUAUGUGUAAAUAUAUACAAGGUGAUAAACAAUCUUUAGCAGAAUCAUUGAAACAAAGUAAAGACGAGGAAGAAAAGAAAGAUAGUUAA